AUGCGACCGCUCUUGCUGCUACUCGUCACGGCGCGCUGCAGUGACGCGCUCGCACCGCCGCGGCGCUUCGGCGGCCUCGGCGCGUCGGCCGCCGGCGACGACGGCGGCCGCGCGUGGCUCGCCGCCGUGCCGCCGCUGCUGCGCAAGAAGCGCACGCUCGCGGCCGUCGCCGUCGCCGGCGCCGCGAGCCAGCGGCCCGUGCGGCGGAGCGCGCGCUUCGAGUGCGGCCUCGCGCGCAUCGGCCUCUGCUACGGCCGCUUCCUCGCGGAGACGCGGCUGCUGCGGCGCGAGCGGGAGCUCGACGCCGUGCACGAGGCGACGGCGCUGCGCCUCGAGAAGCUCGUCGUCGACAUGAAGGGCGCGUACGUCAAGUCGGCGCAGCUGAUCUCGACGGCGUUCCCGGAGCUGCUGCCGGACGCGUGGGUCCGGCGCCUCGAACUCAUGGUCGACGACGCGCCGCCGCGGCCGUGGACGACGACGAAGCGGGUCCUCGAGCGCGAGCUCGAGCGGCCCGUGGGCGAGCUCUUCCGCGCCUUCGACGAGGUGCCCGUCGGCGCGGCGUCCAUCGGCCAGGUCCACAGGGCCGUCGUGCGCGCGACGAACGAAACCGUCGCCGUGAAGGUGAUGUUCCCGGGCGGCCGGCGCCUCAUCCUCAGCGACCUCGCGAACGUGCGGCGCGUGCUCCGCGUCGUCAAGCCCGCGCUAUUGCCCGCCGUCGACGAGUUCCGCGAGCGCGUCUCCGGCGAGUUCGACUACGCGGAAGAGGCGCGGCGCAUGGACGCCUGCGCGGCGUUCGUCGAGCGGAACGGCCCGAAACGCGUGACGAUCCCGCGGUCCAAGCGCGCCUUGACGACGGAGAAGGUGCUGACCAUGGACUGGCUCGCGGGCCGGUCGCUCCGCGACGAGCUCGAGCGCCGCGCGGCCGCCGCGGAGCGCACGCGCUUCGCGCCGCUGCGCCUCUGGCGCUACCUCGCGCUGCGCCGCGCGGCGUCGUCCGCGCUCCGCGACGUCGCGGCGGCCCAGGGCGCCAUGAUCUUCUCGCCGGACUGCGGCUUCUCCGCGGACCCGCACCCGGGCAACGUCAUGCUCCUCGAGGACGGGCGCAUCGCGCUCAUCGACUACGGGUGUUAUUUGCGGUUCUCGGCGGACGAGCGGCGGACGCUCGCGGACCUCUACGUCGCCCUCGAGCGCCGGGACGAGCCGGAGAUCGUGGCGACGCUGGCGGACAUGGGCUUCGUGUCGCGGCACAUGAACGAGACGUUGAUGUUGGCCUUCGCGACGCAGUGCUUCGACGUCGACGUCGUCGACGCGUCGCCCUACGCGUUUUUGGUCGAGCUCGAGCAGUACGACACGGUCGUCCAGAUCCCGAAAUCCUACAUGCUCGUCACGCGCGUGUCGCUCCUGCUGCGGGGGCUCGGCGCGCGCGUCGGCUGCGGCAAGCUCUCCAUGGCGAAGCUGUGGAAGCGCGAGGCGCGCGAGGCGCAGCGGUCGUUGCCGACGCGGAGCAUGGUGGCCCGGCGGGCGAACACGGUCGCGAACACGGCGGGGCUGGUUUAA